AAAGGGGCAAAAAGAAAUUAAAAAAAAUCCAUAUCCGGAUCGGAGUGGCUUCCAUUUCCCCCUGUGGUGGAUUUUGCUGUGGAAAGCAAGCUGAGAUUAGUGUUCAAUUUUGUAUCUUUGUGAUUCCUCUCUCUUUCUUCCCCCAAUUUCUUCAAUUUGCAGUGAAGAACAAAACCCUAGCCUCAAAAAUUGACCCCAAAAUCAUGGAUCAUUGGAAAUCCGACGAUUUCUCAGCUGCUUCAGUUCCUUCUUCUACUCAACGACUCCCCUCCAGUCGCCCCCACAACUCCAACACCGAUUCCAGGCAAAGACUUGAUGUGGAGACGAAGGACCCGAUUGUUGCCAGAAAAGUUCAGAAAGCAGACCGCGAAAAGUUGAGGAGGGAUCGACUCAAUGAGCAUUUUUUUGAGUUGGGCAACACAUUAGAUCCGGAUAGGCCCAAGAACGAUAAGGCAACCAUCCUUACUGACACAAUUCAAAUGUUGAAGGAUUUUGCCGCUGAUGUCAACAAACUAAAGGCCGAGUGUUCUGCACUUACUGAUGAAUCCCGUGAGCUAACGCAGGAGAAGAACGAGCUAAGAGAGGAGAAGGCAUCUUUAAAAUCUGAUAUUGAAAAUCUAAAUGUUCAGUAUCAGCAGAGACUGAGAGUUAUGUUUCCAUGGGCUGGCAUGGAUCCUGCUGUUGUUAUGGCUCCACCUUACUCAUAUCCAAUGCGUGUGGCUGUCCCUCCCGGCCCAAUUCCCAUGCACCCGUCACUUCAGUCGUAUCCUUACUUUCAAGCUCAAAAUCCUGCUGCUAUGCCCAAUCCCUGUUCAACUUUUGUGCCGUAUCCAGCACCUGCCAAUCCUCCUGUACAACAGCCAUCACCGCAGUAUGCAUCCGUCUCCCACCUUUCAAGCAAGCAAGAUUCCAGGAGCAGAUCAUCAGAUCAUCAAAGGGGUAGCACUGCCGAAAGGUGUGAUGACUCCAACGAUGUGGCAACAGACCUUGAACUUAAGAUGCCAGGAUCUUCAACACCACAGGAUUCAUCUUCUGCAGUUAAGAAGGCCAAGCAAUCACAGAGGAAAGAUAGGAGUGUUACAGAUGGAUGCUCAUCAAGUAGGCAUUCUAUAUCUCAAGUUGUUCAGGAUAGCUCCUCCAACAGCGUAGGUGACGUCCCUAAGCCUAACAAAUGAAGUUUCAUUGUCUGUACUUCUGACUUCAUCGAACUGCUAACAUUGCAAAAGCCUGUGUUUUCUGUGAAACCCUGAUACCCAACACCUCCAAAGUCGAAGACUUCAGUAUCCAAGCAAGUAAGGGUUUUCUUUGGCUAGUCACAAGUUUUCACAGCAUCAUCAACCAUAAAGUUGGAUUCUGCCUUUCGGUAAUUUCUAGGGUAGCCUGAAAACUGUUUUUAAUUGUUCUAAUCCCAUGUAGGCUCAAACCCACUGAUUGAUAAUAUAGAGGUUUAUCUAUAUGUAAAUUAUUGUGAUCGUCACCUCUAUCAAGUAAAUGAGCACUACAAAAUAUACUUGAA